GCGGGCUGUCACACACUCGCUGCCCGGUAUGCGAGGACUCGGUUGCCGGAGUGAAUCUGUCUUUAUUCAGCCGGAGGACCGGAGGUGGCAGGCGGACCGCGAGGGGAAAUGAGCAACAGGAUGGAGGGUUCGGCGGUGCCAGGCGGGGGGGCGAACGGACCGGUGGCGGCGCCCAGCAGCCCGGUGAGGUCCGGCAUGGGCCCGCCGCUGGCUCCACAGGAGCUGGGAGACCCGCCGCAGUCGUCCCUGACAGACGUCACCCAGAUGUGGAUCAAGUUUGCCAAGACCUUCGCCCUCAUCCUGCCCAUCUACAUCCUGGGGUACUUUGAGUUCAGCUUCAGCUGGGUUCUGAUCGGACUGGCGGCGUUGUUCUACUGGAGGAAGAACCACGGCGCUCAGGACUACAGGAUCAACCGUGCCUUAGCGUUCAUGGACCACGAGGAGAAAGCCACGAAGCAGAGCGUGCCUACGACUGAGCUGCCACCGUGGGUCCAUUAUCCAGAUGUGGAAAGAGUAGAGUGGCUGAAUAAGACGGUGAAGCAGAUGUGGCCUUUCAUCUGCCAGUUUGUGGACAAGCUGUUCAGGGAGACCAUCGAGCCGGCGGUGAAGGGCGCCAACCCUCAUCUCAGCUCCUUCUGCUUCACCAAGAUCGACAUGGGCGACAAGCCGCUGAGAGUGAACGGGGUGAAAGUUUACACAGAGAACGUGGACAAGAGGCAGGUGAUCAUGGAUCUGCAGAUCAGUUUUGUCGGAAACACAGAGAUUGACGUGGACAUCAAGAAGUUCUAUUGCAGAGCUGGGAUCAAAAGUAUUCAGCUUCACGGGACGUUGAGGGUGGUGAUGGAGCCUCUGCUGGGGGACAUGCCUCUGAUCGGCGCUCUGAGCGUCUUCUUCCUCAAGAAACCAUUGCUCGACAUCAAUUGGAGCGGACUCACAAACAUGCUGGACAUUCCUGGUUUAAAUGGUUUAUGUGACAACAUCAUCCAGGACAUCAUCUACGAUUUCCUGGUUCUGCCCAACUCCAUCAAGAUCCCUCUGGUGGGAGAAGCUGCACUAGCCGCGCUGCGCUUCCCCGUUCCCAAGGGCAUCCUGAGGAUCCACUUCAUCGAGGCCCAGGACUUGCUGAUUAAAGACAAGUUACUCGGAGGGCUGAUUAAAGGCAAGUCGGACCCGUACGGAGUCGUCCAGGUCGGGACACAAGUCUUCCAGAGCAAAGUCAAACACGAGACCAUCAACCCCAAAUGGAAUGAAGUGUACGAGGCCAUGGUGUACGAUCACUCUGGACCCAAUGUGGGCGUCGAGCUGUUUGACGACGACCCCGAUAAAGACGACUUUCUGGGAAGUCUGGUGAUCAACCUGGCCGAGCUCCAGAAGGAACAGAAGGUCGACGAGUGGUUUGUUUUGGAGGAAGUGGCCUCAGGGAAGCUGCACCUCAAACUGGAGUGGUUGUCUCCUCUGGCUGCACCUGAGCAGCUGGACCAGGCGCUGAUGAACAUCGGUGCUGAUCGCGGUAAAGCCAGCGACGGCCUGUCCUCUGCGCUGCUCGUAGUCUACCUGGAUUCUGCCAGAAACCUGCCGUCCGGUAAAAAAGUGACCAGUGAUCCCAAUCCGUUAGUCCAGUUCAGAGUGGGACACACAUCCUUCGAGAGCAAGACUCGAUAUAAGACCAACGAGCCCGUGUGGGAGGAGAGCUUCACCUUCCUCAUUCACAACCCCAGGAACCAGCAGCUGGAAGUGGAGGUGAAGGAUGAGAAACACGAAUGUUCUCUGGGGACGAUCUCGCUGCCGCUGACUCGCCUCCUGGAGGCAGAAGACAUGACGCUGAACCAGCGCUUCCCUCUGAAGAACUCCGGGCCGAGCUGCACCCUGAAGAUGAAGAUGGCUCUGCGGGUGUUGUGCCAGGUGAAGGACACGUCCCCAGCCCCUGACUCCGCCCCCUCCUCGGUGCAGGUCCCUAAGUCCUCCGGCCAGACGCCGAGACCCUCGGCCUCCUCUGACUCCAAGCUUCCCUCCGACGCCUCUGACCACCCCCCCUCGGCCCAGGACCUGAUGAACCGGCAGAAGGAAACGGGCGAAUACGCCCGGUCUCCCGGAAGCACGGACCUGGGGCAGGGCGGAGCAGAAAGAGGAGGGCGGAGUCUGGCGGAUUCCGGGAGGAGCAGCUCUAACCUUGCCAUCUCCGGCUCGCAGCAGUACCUGGCCGGAGGCAAAGAGCCGACGCCCAGCAUCGCAUCGGACAUCUCCAACCCCUACGCCACGCAGGAGCUGCAGCAGAGGCUCACCCAGCUGCAGAAUGGUUCAGGUCCCAGUUACUUCCCACUGGGUGAGGUCCAGCUCACGGUCAGACACAGCUCGCAGAGGAACAAGCUCAUCGUGGUGGUUCACGGCUGCAGAAACCUGAUAGCCUUCACGGAACAGGGGUCGGAUCCGUACGUCCGCCUCUACCUGCUUCCCGACAAACGGAGGUCGGGCCGGAGGAAAACUCACACGUUCAAGAAAACCCUCAACCCCGUUUAUGAUCAGACGUUUGAGUUCAGCGUCUCCCUCGUGGAGCUCCACAGACGGACCCUGGACGUGGCUGUGAAGAACAGCGGGGGUCUGCUCUCCAAGCACAAAGGCCUUCUGGGAAAGGUUCUGGUGGACUUGACUCAUGACGACAUCACGAAGAGUUGGACACAAUGGUAUGAGCUGAGCGAAGACGGCCUGGCGAGGCCUCCGCAGCUAUAGACGUCAACAACGAGUCUUCACGACAACAUAUCGCCACACUUCCGCUCUACAUCACUGCACCAUGUUGUUCUUUCAUCACUUGUAACUGUUAAACACAAACAAAAGGAACAGAAAAGCAGCUUUCGAUUUAUUUAAUCACGUCAGUCGCAAGGCAAACGUCCCCUUUAAGAAGUGCGUGAGUGGCUGAGUAUAUAUGCAACAAGUAGAAAACUAUAUAUGACACAAUAUACAGUAGAACAGUCUAUUUUUUAGUCGUAAAGAUCGAUGUGCUGAGGUUUGUAAAUAAUGUAAAAUGAUGCUGGAUGAAACUGGCGUGGAGAGAAAGACGUCCGAGGUCUCGGACUUGGCCAAAUGAUUGUUUGUAAUUUUAUCUGUUAUCAUGAUUAUUAUUAUUUUUUCUUUUUUUAAAUUGCUCAAUAUUCUGGACGGAGUUUCUGAGGCAGAGCGGGGGGGGGCGCAGGGAGAGACGUCACCAAAGAGACGAGAAGUGUUUUAUUUUGGUAACACAACUGUACGCUGGCUUUAUUACACUUUAAUAACGUGUGUAUUAACCAUGUGAUGAGAACUUUGAAUUCACAAAUAUCGUGUUAAAUAUGAUGCAAGUAAUAAGUUUAUUUAGCUCGAUAACAGAGGCUUUUUCAUCAGUUAAUAUACCUGCUGUUACACUGCAAUAAGGCCGUUAUCUGAUGGUUUUUAAAACUAUUUGCACAUUUGUGUGUUUGUGUGUGUGUUUUUUUAUCUGGUCGGGGAUCAUCCGUGUUCUUAUCGGCAUUUUGAACAUUUCCUGAAUUAAUUUAGGAUGAAAACAUCAGGUUUAUCAGAUAAUUUCAUCUCAAAUUCAUUAAAUUCAUGUUUUUCAAAAUAUCAAAUUCAAAGAUUUUGAACUGAUGAAAAAUCCGUUUGAAGGGAAUUUGGUGACAUUUUGGUUUUGCUUUCUCAUCAAAAGUUAAAUGCGAGGUUUGGUUGUGCUUUUGUCUCGAGCAACACAAUCCGCCUGCCAUCUCCUUUUUAAGUUUAUCAAUUAUUAUAUGUCGUUAUAUUAUUUGCUUGUAUGAAACAAUAAUGAAAUCCACCAGCUGAUGUUUUUACACUCAUCCCUGUCUCCGUGCUUUAUGCUAAGCUAAGCUAACCCUGGAUUUUGGUUUUAAAAAAUGAAAACAUGUAUUACUCAAAGUAUGGAACUAUCGCUAUCAUGUCAUUCCUCUAUCACGUUGGACUUUAUCUAAAAUGAAAAGUGAGAGAACAGCAUUUGUGUUAAAAAUAAAGACGUAGAGCAGCAGGGUGGUGAUUUCACCUCUUCUGUUGUCGUGGCUUUUAUUUGAUAAUUAACACUUUGCACUUUUCAUCAAACAUCUUUAAACUCGUUGAAUUAUCUGGACGAUGCUUUAAUCACCAACGUUUUAUUUCCCACUUCCUGUUGUUGAUGUCAUGAUCGUCGCUCACAUUUUGUUUACGUCAACAUCGGUCUUAACUCUUCAUCGAGGGUAAUUUUCAACACUUUGUUGUGUCACGUUUGUUGCGUUGACGCACAAAAUGUGUCGUCUGAAACAAACCCCACACAGAAGUGGUGAAAACGACAUUUCUCUGUUUUCCUGUUUAGUUUUUUUAGCUUCGAGUUUGCCUCUAGUUUCACAUUUUUGUUUAGUUCUCGGUUGGUUUAGUUUUUUCUUUAAUGUUUGUUUUCUCUUGUUGUUCACUAUUGUGUGUAAAUUUAAUUGCUUGGUUUGUUUCAUAUUUGUUUUGUGUUGCCUUGUGUACAUGCACUUGAAUGAAGCAUUGAUCUGAUUUAUAUCAGUAAGAAACGAUGUGGUUGUGAAUGAGUUUUAGUAUCGAACACUUAAUUGUGUUUGUGUGUCAAAACGCAGCCAAACAGUGAUUGUGUGUUGAUCCUGAGGUGGCUGCAGUUUGACCUUUGCCCUUUGAAACACCAAAUAUUGACCUUUGCCUUGUUCUCAUCAAGAAAGUAUUUCACAUAAAUGUCUAACUAUUGUUUAAUGUCUCUCAAUGUUCUCUUCCAACCGUUGUCCUCUUUGUCGUGGUUUGUGCGUCAGUCUUCGUAUUUUGUGUGUCAGCCAUCGGGUUUGCACGCUUUGCCUCUGUGGGUGCAGUGUGUCCUCGUUUAUCUUGUUUAUCUUGUGCCUUAAAAUCCACACGGCCCAGAGAUAUUAACGUGUUUGAAAAGAACCAACGUGUUUUAGAACGUCUCAAUGAAAUGAAUAAAGAGCUUCGGCUGCAGCAGCAGGAAGCUGAACAGCA